CAAGACUUUUAUUCUGCUCUGGCGAUGUGACGUCAUAAAGCUGCGCCGCGUUCCUGCGUCUGUGAUUCGGCUGAAGAAAGGACAAAGUGUCCAAACACAGAAAAACUCCUGCUGAAUCAUCUGAGAUCCACGUGACAAACUAUUAUAAAGAUGGCAUUAAUUCAAGAGAGUGAAGAUAUGAAGAUUGAAGAAGCAUUCAGAGUCAAACAUGAAGAUACUGAGGAACAAACAAAGAUGGAGAUUAUUAAAGAGGAGAGUGAAGACAUGAAGAUUGAAGAAACAUUCAGAGUCAAACAUGAAGAUACUGAGGAACAAACAGAUCUGAAAGAAGAGAGUGAAGAACUAAAUGAAAUACAAGAUACAGAUCAGUGUAAGAAACAUGAUUUCAUAACUAGAUGUCAAUUUACCUGCUUUCAAUGUGGAAAGAGUUUUGAUCAACAAGAACAACUUCAAGUCCACGUGAGAAUUCACACCACCGGAGAGAAGCCCUACUCCUGCAAACUGUGUGGAAAAAGUUUCAGAGAAAAAAAGAACGUUAAAAGGCACAUGAUAGUUCACACUGGAGAGAAGCCUUUCACCUGCCCUCAAUGUGGAAAGAGUUAUACACAUAAAAUCACUCUUAAUCACCACAUAAGAAUUCACACUGGAGAGAAACCUUUCACCUGUCCUCAGUGUGGAAAGAGUUUCAUUCAAAGAAGAUACCUUAAAAGCCACAUGAGAAUUCACACAGGAGAAAAGCCUUACAGCUGCCAACAUUGUGGAAAGGGUUUCAGUGAACAUGGAAACUUAACAGUCCAUAUGAGGAUUCACACCGAGGAGAAGCCUUACACCUGCCUUCAUUGUGGAAAGAGUUUUUCUCAUAAAGGCAAUUUUAAUGCCCACUUGACAAUUCACACUGGAAAGAAGUCUUACUUCUGCAAACUGUGUGGAAAUAGUUUCAAUAAAAAAAUAAGCCUCAAAAGGCACAUGGUAGUUCACACUGGAGAGAAGCCUUUCACCUGCCCUCAAUGUGGAAAGAGUUUUACUCAACAGGGAAACUUUAACAGGCACAAGAGAAUUCACACUGGAGAGAAGCCAUUCACAUGUGUUCAGUGUGGAAUCGGUUUCACACGACAAACAAGCUUUAACAAGCACAUGAGAAUGCACACCAGAGAGAAGCAUUAAACCUGUAAACUGUGUGGAAGAACUUCAUGACAAAACUAAACCUUAGCUAUCACAUGAACAGUCACACUUAUAUGUGAUCAGUGGAAAGAGCUUCAGACAUAAAGCAACACUUAAAGGGUUACUCCACCACAAAAUGAAAAUUUUGUAAUAAUCACUUACCCACACGUCGUUCCAAACCCGUAAAAGCUUCGUUCGUCUU